UAUAGCAAAUUUUCUUCCAUAAAACUUUAUUACUUGAAGAGAGUAUGAAUUUUCUCAUAACUGUAACAUAAAUUUGUUCAUUUAUUGGUAUGAUGAACUUGCCAACAGACAGGUUCCUUAAUAAAGUUAAUAGGUUAGACUAGAUGAAUUAUUUGAGGUUUUAUCAACCCAUUAUCGUAAUAAUGGAAUAAUAUGUUUUGUGAGCCACCCAUGCUGUGAAAAUUAAGUAACAUCUUAUCCAUAGGUUACAUUUAAUGAUAUUACAUUGCAAUACAUUUAAAUUAUUAAUGACCACUGUUGCAAUAUAAAAAUACAACGCUUAAAGGUUUCCUUAGUGUAAGGGGGGUACUUUUGAAUUAGAUGAUCAAUGGAGCAUAGAGGUGUGAGAAAGGAAUCAUAUUAGGAUGUGAAACCAGCCAGAGUAUGGUACAAUGUAACUUCAUAGCACAAGCUAAUUGUAAGGUCCAUUGUGCUUUUUAGCAAGUCAGCUUGAUAUCCGCUAUUAUCAGAGCUGAGUUCUUCCUUGGUUUUGCUACAUAUUGCAAGAUAGAUACAUCUACCCUUGAAACACAAUGGUAGAGGUCAUACAUAGGGGUGAGAAAGAUGAUGAUGGGAGGAAGAUUAUGUGGGCAGGGGUCGCUCGCCCCUUGCCCUACAAGUAGGGCAUGCGCAGACUGUUGCCAUGAGGUAACGAUUAGGCGGUGUUUGGCUGCCAUUCAGGCAUCACCUUAUACUGCGUACUGGCCCUACGUAGUGUAAUGUGGAACUGAUAAAAAUGGGGUGUCAGAGCUGCUGAGCCGAGCGAUACUCAUCCUACCACCGAGACUGUGUUGCUCCGCGGGGACACCCGCUAAGCCUGGGCACCGACCAGCUGCUGCAGAUCCUGACAGCCCUGGCCUGUCUGUGUGGCACUUAAAUAUCAAGACACUGACAGAUGAUGUGUUGGAUAGAUUUGCCAGUAUAAGAAUUCCAAAAAGUAAAAAAGAAAGACCUCCUCUACCACAUAUGAAGCAGUCGCAUUCUACAGAUUGGUCAUCCACAUCUAUGGAUCCAGAGGAUUUUGCUCCAAAACCACUGUCGGAAAGAGAAAUCAUAGCACUGUUUGAAAAAAUGAUGGAAGAUAUGAAUUUAAAUGAAGACAAGAAGAUGCCAUUGAGAGAAAAGGAUUUUAAUACCAAAAAAGAAAUGGUGAUGCAAUAUAUUAGCACUGCUUCAAAGUCUGGAAGUCUCAAGAACAGUAGGAAGAUUUCACCCCAAGAGUUUAUUCAGGAUUUAAAAUCUGGGUCAACAGAUGAAAGACUAGUCACUUGCUUAGAGUCUCUCCGUGUGUCCUUGACUAGUAAUCCUGUCAGCUGGGUUGAAAACUUUGGCCGAGAAGGUCUAGGACUGCUAUUGGAUGUUUUGGAAAGAUUGGUUGAGAUAAAAAAUCAGGACAGAGUUGUGAAGAGGAGUCAGCAUAAGGUUAUACAGUGUUUGAGAGCCUUCAUGAAUAAUAAGUAUGGGUUGGAAAGAAUUUUGGGAGAAGAGAGGAGCCUUUUGUUGCUGACCAAAGCAAUUGAUCCCAAGCAAACUAACAUGAUGACGGAUAUAGUUAAACUCCUAUCUGCAAUGUGCAUUGUUGGAGAGGAAAACAUCCUUGAAAAAAUUUUGGAAGCUGUAACAGCAGCAGCAGAGGAAAGGAAUGUUGGCAGAUUCUCUCCUAUUGUAGAAGGUCUUCAGGAUAACUCAGUUCAGCUGCAAGUAGCUUGCAUGCAGCUCAUCAAUGCUCUCGUUACAUCUCCUGAUGACUUGGAUUUUAGGCUUCACAUCAGAAAUGAAUUUAUGCGCAGUGGAUUGAAAGAGAUAUUGCCACAACUGAAAUCUAUAAAGAAUGAAGCACUAGAUAUUCAGCUGAAAGUAUUCAAUGAGCAUAAGGAAGAAGACAUGAUCGAGUUCUCUCAUCGCUUAGAAGAUAUUAGAUCUGAACUAGAUGAAGUAAAUGAUGUUUACAACAUGGUGUGGAAUACAGUUAAGGACACUAGUGCUGAAGGAUAUUUUCUUUCUAUUCUCCAGCAUCUUUUGCUGAUAAGAAAUGAUUAUUUUAUCCGUCCACAGUAUUUCAAAUUAAUUGAAGAGUGUGUGUCACAGAUAGUGUUACACCGAAAUGGAACAGACCCAGACUUCACAUAUCGUAAAAGAUUAGAUAUAAAUAUCAGCCACUUACUAGAUGUUUGUGUAGAUAAAGCAAGAUUAGAAGAAUGUGAAGAGAGGGCUUCUGAACUUUCCAGAAAAUUUGAAAAAGAUUUUGUAGUUCACCAGGAGACCCAGGCCCUACUGCAAAAAAAAGAAGAAAGAAUCAAUGAACUUGAGACAGAAUUACAAGCUUUUAAAUCACAGUAUGGCUCUGUGCCACCUGGUUUUCUGCCAUCAACAUGUGGAGAUGCCUCUGUUGUUCCGCUGGAAGGUGCAGGACAACAUCAAUUUCCACCACCUCCUCCUCCACCACUGCCUUCUAAUGGAGUAAUUCCACCACCACCGCCACCCCCUCCUCCUCCACCACUUCUGAGUGGCUUGGGAGCUCCUCUGGCUUUUGGUGGUGCUCCUCCACCACCACCUCUACCAGGCCUGCCUGGAAUACAGUGGUCCCCGCCUUCCUGUGCUUUGCCGUUCGGAAUGAAGCCUAAAAAAGAAUUUAGACCUGAGGUUACCAUGAAAAGACUCAACUGGUCCAAGAUCAGGCCUCAGGAGAUGACAGAAUCCUGUUUUUGGGUUAAGGCAGAAGAGGACAAGUAUGAGAAUGCUGACAUGCUUUGCAAAUUGGAACUUACAUUUUCUUGUCAAAAAAGGGUAAAAAGAGAGGAGGAUGAUUUUGAAGAAAAGAAAUCCAUUAAGAAACGAAUCAAAGAAUUAAAGGUUUUGGACCCAAAGAUUGCGCAGAAUCUGUCAAUUUUCCUUGGAUCUUUCCGAGUGCCUUAUGAGGAAAUCAAAAUGAUGAUACUGGAAGUAGAUGAAACACAACUAUCAGAGUCCAUGAUUCAGAAUUUAAUAAAACACCUUCCUGAACAAGAACAAUUGAAUGCAUUGUCCAAGUUCAAGAGCGAGUAUAAAAAUUUGUCUGAGCCAGAGCAGUUCGGAGUUGUGAUGAGCAACGUGAAGAGACUACGGCCACGGCUCAGUGCUAUUCUUUUUAAGCUUCAGUUUGAGGAGCAGGUGAAUAACAUCAAACCUGACAUCAUGGCUGUCAGUGCUGCCUGUGAAGAGAUAAAGAAGAGUAAAAGCUUUAGCAAGCUGCUGGAACUAGUAUUGUUAAUGGGAAACUACAUGAAUGCAGGUUCUCGGAAUGCACAGACCUUCGGAUAUAAUCUCAGCUCCCUAUGUAAACUGAGAGACACAAAGUCGGCAGAUCAGAAAACAACGUUGCUACAUUUUCUCGUAGAAGUGUGUGAAGAAAGCUAUCAGGAUGUCCUGGAUUUUGUUGAGGAUUUUCAGCAUUUAGAUAAAGCUAGUAAAGUCUCAGCAGAAAACCUGGAGAAGAGCCUUAAGCAUAUGGAGAAGCAACUCCAACAGCUUGAGAAGGAUUUGCAGACUUUUCCAGUUCCUGAAGAUAAGCAUGAUAAGUUUAUAGCAAAAAUGUCAAGCUUUCUAGUUCAUGCCAAAGAAGAUUUUCAGAAACUUUCACGGAUGCAUGAGAACAUGGAAAAACUCUAUCAGAACGUGAUGAGAUAUUAUGCCAUUGAUCCGAAGAAAGUUUCGGUGGAGGAGUUUUUAACAGACUUAAACAACUUCAGGACCAUGUUCAUGCAAGCAGUAAAAGAAAAUAUGAGAAGAAGGGAAGCAGAAGAAAAACAGAGACGUGCUAAAAUAGCUAAGGAGAAGGCAGAAAAAGAAAAACAAGAGAGGCAACAAAAGAAAAAGCGCUUGUUAGAAAUGAAAACAGAAGGUGAGGAGACUGGAGUGAUGGAUAGCUUGUUGGAGGCCUUGCAAUCAGGUGCAGCUUUUCGAGACCGAAGGAAAAGGACACCAAGGUCUAAAGAUAUACCACAAAAUUUCAGCCCAACCACACAGCGACCUGUUCUGAAAGCUUGUAACCAUGAGAACCAGAAAGAACAACUAGAGAAGCCGUGUUCACACCACAGUAUCAGUUUAAACUUGACAAGAAGCCCAGUCACCAAAGAAGUUACAUAUGAUGUGGAAACAAGUUCCAAGGCAUGGAACAAGGCUGUUGGGAGAAAGGAAGACUGUCACGGAGAAGGCAACAAGGAAAAGAAAACAGAUCGUAUGGGAUCUCCUUUUCAGGGAGAAGCCAUUCCAGAAGUAGAAGCUCUCUUGGCAAGACUGCGAGCACUGUAGAAUACUCAUAUAAAAGAUUAAAUAAAAGCCUAUAAAUAAUAGUCUACAUCUUUAAAAAUACAGUAAUUUUCUAUUAUUGACAUUGCAUACUUCUGAGUUCCUAAAUUCUCUGUGGAUGAAUGAUCUACUUCUAAACUGUUUGCAAGACUGUACAAAACAAUACUAUAUUUUCGCAUAACUGCAAGAUGAUUUUUUAUUAUGUGUUUUUACAUAGCAAGCAUAUGAAAAGUAUCAGAAGUAAAACUAAAUUAUUUCAAGGUACAAUCCUUUUAGUGGACAGACUGCUGACCACCUGAUCUGAAUGCUUCUCAAAAUAGGAAUAUUUUAAAUAUUGUUAAAUCAUCACACCUGGGAAUAGGGUCAGUAAAUAACAGAAAAGGUGUUCUUAUAUUUUCUGCUAUAAUUCCUGUACUUAAGAGGUUUCAGCACCCUAAAUGUAUCGUUACAGUAUCCUUUACAAUUACAGUAAUAGCAAAAAUGUAUAGUAUAAAUCAGCCAUAUUCCAACUUGAGUUCAUCAAAGAGCACCAAAGCUUGCUGGAUAAUAUGUAUGUAUUUACCAAAUGGUAAUCCAUGGGUAGUAAACAAAAAAUCUAUGCAAAUAAUAUAUUUUUUGUGUGUUUAAUAUAUCACUGCUGUUAAGCUUAGUUAUGAUUAUUAAAUCAAAAUAAUAUAUACAAUUGCUGUGAUUGCAAGGUUUUGCAAUUCUCUCUGUAGUUGGGGAAAAUGUCUUCACAGUUAUCUACCAGUGUAAUAUUUUAUCUUUUCACAUGUGAGUUGAUAUGUUUCUAUAAAAGGAACAUGUAAUGGAAAAGAUUGGUUUUUCACAAACUCAUUUUCCAGUAGCCUGUUAAGUCUUAUUUGCUGGCACAAUAGGAGUCUUGCAUGUAAUUGCAUCUCUUUUAUCCCACUGUCAUUGUACAUUGUUGCGUGUCCGCAAUCAUAUUUAUUAAUUGCACAUCAUAAAGAGUUGCUACCUAUGUUACCAAAUAGGAAUCUACUAUUACUAUCUUUGCUCCAUUAUUUAAAGCUUCCUUAUUAUAAGAGUGUAUUAAGUAUCUAAUAUCUUUCUUUUAAAUUACUCUAUUUUUCUUUACAAAAUGCUGAAAAAUAUGUCUUUCAAUAAGAGUCAGUUACAUGAAACCAGUGUUUCAAUGCUCCAGUGCUUUUUAUAUCCUUAAGUUGCCUUUGUACUUCCUGCACUAAACAUUAAUAAAGUUAAUUAGAACUCGAAAACUGGGCCUGUUUAUACAUACUGCAUGGAGGACUUUUCAGCCAUCGUGGGAAUCAAUCUCAUGUUUCUGAGGCAGUUUUAACUGUCAUUGUACACUAAUUACAUUUCCUGCCUUAGCUGAAAAAAGAGAGGUAUAAACAGAAGUUGCAAAGAUUCAGAGAAGGCCUCAGCCAUUUCUCCAGCUCCCCUUGCAAACAAACAGUGGGCACAGCUGUCAUAGAGAGACACUUUUGAUAACUUGAAAUGUGUCUUUGGUGGAUAACAACUAAUAGUUGUUCCACUAAGGUCUUCUGUGCCUCCACUAUUAAGACUUACUACCCCUGUUUACAGGGUGCAGUAAAAAUGACUAUCUUCAAAGUGCAAUAUGAUUGACUAAAUAAAAAGAUCCUUCAAACACAGAGCAAAGGCAUGUGCAAGGGGAAGAAAAGUAAACCAUCUCUUCAGUUGCUGAGGACGUGCUAAAAUUAAAGGGCUAGGAGUAGAGGGCCAUCUCUGAAAUACUAGGAGGAUGACCUACCAAGUGCGGGCGGAAGUACAAAUUCAUUUUCAUAAACAUUAAACUUGUUCAUUUGAAUUACUGGGUGAUAGUCCACAAGAGAGAGUUGACAGUUCAGGACACUACUGUGAGUUGAUCAAGCAAAGAAAAGUUACAAAACUAUCUACUGAUUUUUUCAAUGAACAAAAUGCUACUAGCAGCCUAGCAUCUCCUGAUUUUAAAAUAAGUAUUUAUCUUUAAAAUUAUAGAACUUGAGCUACUUUUCUUUUACAGUUUGAGAAGCUUCUAGAAAUGUAUUCCAGGACUUCUAGUCCUUAUAGUCCUUGUGUUUCUGAAUUAAUCCUUUCAAGCAGCCAUCAAGUUAAUUUGCAGUUUCUUUUGUAUUACAAGGAGAACAAAAAGCUGUACAACUUCUGAGAAUCCAUGUAAAUACAGUAUCUAUUUUUUCCCCUUCUGUUCUUUGUACCACCAUAAUUUGAUCUACUCAGAGUUCAAGUACAUGGUCCAGUUGAAGUACACAGUAAGUUUUCUUUCAUCAUCUUUCUUUAAUUUCCCUUAGAUGCAAAGAAAUACACAGGACAUUUUUGGUAGGAAAAAAUGCUUGUAUUCCCUAAUGAGUUCAGGUAAAAAUGAGUUUGAAAGUAUCAUGACUGUA